AUGGAGAUGCUUUUGUGGUGGCCCUUUGCUUGGAAGAAUGUGAUAGAUUUGUUUAAGCCUGGAAGUUGGGCUGUGAGCUCUGCAAUUGUAAUGGAAGGCUUGAACCGGAGACCAGCUGUGGGUUGGGGAGAACCUUUGUGUAUUUUCUAUUCUCGUUAUGAAAUGUGCAAAUUUGGUCCAAGUUGCAAGUUUGACCACCCUAUGGGAGUCUUCACAUACAAUCUCUCUACACCAUCUUCAGCUGAUGUCCCGGUUGUUCGGCGUUUGUCAGGCCUAUCAUCAGGAACUGGUAUGGUAACUUUGUCAUCAGAAGGGCUCAACGAAGGGAGUGCUGCAAAGCCUAGGCGACUUUCACUGUCAGAGGCAAGGCAGUUGCCUUCUGGAGAUAAGGACAUUGACACGGAGGGAUGA